AUAUACUGCAUUUUUAUUACAGCUGAGGGUAACAUAGUUUCUUGAUUGUUCUAGAAAAUGGUAAUGUGUGCCUGGAAAAUACAUAAUACUGCCCCUUUCAUUAUUUUGUGUUUAACUGUAACUACAUGGAAAUCUCAAAACAAUUGAAACUGGGGAAAAAGUACAUCUUCAGUGACUCCAAACAUACUACCAGAACUAUGUUUUCUAAAUCUAUUGCUUUGAUCUAGAUUUACUUUUUCAAACCAUGUGUUGCUUUCCUUCCACGUCAUAAAAACAAGCUACUUUUGGUCUGUUGCAUAAGAUCCCAAUAAGACAUAUUUUGAUUUCUGGUUGUAAUGUGAUUGAAAGUCAACAGUGUGGGCAUACUUUUGCAUGGUGCUGGAGAGUCACAACCAAAGCAGUCCAUUAUGUUAGAAGAUAAACAUGAUAUUCAUCUAUCUUUUAAAGAGAAAACAUCAGUGUUAAAAGCUUGAAAAUAUGCAUAACCUAUACCUAUAUUAAUCCUGUGGAUUUAAAUCUAAAUUGUGCUCAAAGACAAAAGGGAUUGAUAGUCUACUUUUGCCCUUGAGUUAGGCAUUGAGAUCACCAGGAUGAGCGUGUAGGAGAGAGAGCUUAAUAGAGAGGCAGCAACAAAGAGAUAAUCUCUUUUGUAGGUUUUAUCCCUAAAUGUGGUGGCUGUGUCCCCUUAUCCCAGCUACUUAGUUUCUGCCCUGCGUAAGUGAUGCCGUGCACUUAGGCUGCGAAAAGCAGGUCAAUAUGACCAGAGAGAGAAGAAGAGAGACAGAGAGAAAGAAAGGGAAAAAAACCCAUGUGCAUCACAUGGAUAGCCCUGGGAUUAUUCCUCACAAAAUGUCUUAAUUCCUCUGUUCACUAAUGAUCCAGGGAAAAUGCCCUCUAAUCUCCAUUCCAUUAAUUAAAAAGAGCAUGAGCCCGUGGAAAACCUCACCAUCUGCUGCCGUUUCGUUUGUGCAGACAGAUUGUGUUUUCGGUUUCUUAAACCAGGAGAAAUGGGUUUGUUGGAGCAAAUUUAUGGAGCACAAAAAAACAGGAAAACAGAUAGAGCUACUCCGAGUGUUGGUGCAUUGAAAGAUGACGGUCAAAAGGCAAUGGAUUAUUCAAGCUUAAUUUAUAUUAAUUUAUAAAAGAGUUUGCAAAUGAUGUUGAUUCUGCUCACAGUCAGAUUUACGCAGUUAGGCUGUGUAGCGUAACACAUAAAACAUUGACAUACAGCAACUUAAAAUGACUUAUUGUAACUUUACAUGAUCACUUAAGAAACAGACUACAUUGCUAUGUGGCUUUACAGAUUGAGUUGCAAAAAGAAAAUCCUACUUCUUUAUUCCUUUACCUAACGACCACAUACUAACAAACAAACAAACACAAAUUGCUUAAUUCUAAAUACAAUGCAAAAGAAAAAUAAAACUUUUUUUAUUUGCUAAGUAAAAAACCUCAAAACCAUGGGAGGCAUGUAUAUUCACCGUCUUUACUCCGAAACCUCAAAAUAAAAUCCAUCGCAACCGUCCGCAAGCGCAUUCAGAUUUCACCUCAUUUAAAGCUGUGAAGGUUUCAGCAGUUUGUUACAGAAAAUCAGUCUCACAGCAGGUUAGUGAGAACGUUGUGAAGAAGUUUAAAGCCUGGCAGACGUGCAACAAUACACAGUGGUUCAAGUCAAAAGCUAGAAUGGCCCAAAGUUUAGAUUUAGACCCAGUAGAGAAUUAGUGGCAAGUUAUGAAGUGUGAUAUUUGUCGUCACUCUCCAUCCAAUUUGACUGAUCUUAAACUGUUUUUGUCUUGGUGUGGAAAACAUCUACAGAGAUACCCUAAAAGCUGUACAAAGUGUUCAUUCACUCAAAGUAACUAGUUUUUUGGGGAGGGGAUAUUUUAUUGGCUUUAUCCCUCCAACCGGUUUCUACAUUUUGACUCACGUAAUCUCUACAUUUUGCUUGCUUAAUCUGUACAUAUAUUUAUAUUGUUUAAUAAAUGUAUUUACUCAUUGAAGUCUGUCUUAAAGACCCCAAAAAAUGUACAUCACCAUUGCAAUCAUUAGUUAGCUGUAAUAUAUCUAUUAUUUUCUUACCCUCUGCACAAUUGAUGCACUAGCUGCUUUAUUUAACGAUCACAAAAAAAAAAUCAUGAUCAAAUAAAUUGAAAUCUGUGGCUGUGAUGCAGCAAAGUGUGUACAGUACGACGUCAAGUGGUGUGGAUAUUUUUGCACUGUAAUUUUCUGUAUUGGGUUUAUGAAAAACCCACACCCAGAACCUCUGAAGACUUUUGUGGUCAACUUUUAAUGUGGUGCAUGAAUACAGCGGGGUUGGGAGGACAUGGUGAAGCACUAUAAGAAACAGCUGAGCGCAGUACUUUUAACCUGCGGUCACAGCCCAAGGACUCUGACAGGAAUUUGAUCGGGCUCUAGUAGGCAGCAGAGAUUAUCCGAGCAGAUGUCGUUUCCCACCCCAUGUAUUGAAACAGUGGGGCCAAUAAUAAUAAACGCGCGCGCACGCAGGCACACUCAGGAGAGAGGCUCUCUGCCGCUGCGCGUCUCUCCUCUUUCCACUUUCUGACACCAGGGUCGCAGCUCCAGUCUCAACAACUUUUGACGUUAUUCCGGGGUGCAUCUCUCUCGCUUCCGACAACAAACGGGCACCAUGAGUGAACGAGUCUUGAAAUGGCUCCUGUGCUAUUUGGCUCUGUUCACGUUUUGCCUUGACGAAGUGUGGGGACAGAUCCGCUACUCUAUCCCAGAGGAGCUGGAACACGGGGCUUUCGUGGGCAACAUCGCGGAGGACCUGGGCUUGGAUCUUGACAAGCUGUCCACGCGCAGAUUCCGCAUAGUGUCCGGCUCCAAGAAGCAGUACGUGGAGGUCAACUUGGAGAACGGCGUCCUGUUUGUCAACGAGAGAAUCGACCGAGAAGAACUGUGCGAGCAGGGUUUGUCCUGUUCCUUCCACCUGCAAGUUGUGAUAGAAAACCCUCUGGAGCUGUACAGGGUGGAGAUCGAGAUUCUGGACGUGAACGACAACUCCCCGAGCUUCCCCUGGACCGAGAUCAACCUGGACAUCUCAGAAUCUGCUGCGCCCGGAUCGCGUUUCCCUUUGGAGAGCGCGCAGGACCUGGACGUGGGAUCCAACUCGCUGCGCACCUACUUGCUGAGCGUAAACGAGCACUUCCACCUGGACAUCCAGACGCGCAGCGACGGGAGCAAGUUCGCGGAGCUGGUCCUGCAAACCCCGCUGGAUCGGGAGCAGCAGAGUGCCCAUCAGAUGGUGCUGACCGCCGUGGACGGAGGGACACCGGAGAGGUCAGGCACCGCACAAAUCUACAUCACGGUGUUGGACGCGAACGACAACGCGCCGGUGUUCGACCAGUCGUUUUACAGAGUGAGGCUGGCGGAAAAUGCGCCAAAAGGCACGGUGGUGAUAAAGCUCAACGCGUCGGACCAGGACGAGGGUCCGAACGCGGACAUCGCAUACUCCUUCAGCGGCCACGCACCCUUAAAGGUGCGCCAGCUUUUCAGCGUGGACCCACGCACUGGAGAGAUCAAAGUGAAAGGCGUGAUCGAUUACGAGAAGGCAAGGAUGCACGAAAUUUACGUGCAGGCGAAAGAUAAGGGUCCCUCCGCCGUGGCGGUCCACUGCAAAGUCCUCGUCAAUGUCCUGGACAAGAACGACAACCUGCCGGAGGUCAUACUGACCUCGGUGUCCACACCUGUGCAGGAGGACGCGCCGCCCGGAACGGUGAUAGCCGUCAUCAGCGUGAUGGAUAAAGACUCGGGGGAGAAUGGCAACGUGGACUGCGAGAUUCCGCACCACGUCCCGUUCCAGCUCCACUCCUCCUUCAAGAACUACUACACCUUAGUGACCUCAGACUUUCUGGAUAGAGAGUCUGUGGCAGAUUACAACAUCACCGUCACUGCCAGAGAUAUGGGUUCUCCUCCUUUGUUCACAAGGAAAACAAUCAUUGUCCAGGUGUCCGACGUGAAUGACAAUGCGCCUCGUUUCAAACAGCCGUCCUACACAGUUUACCUCACUGAGAACAACGCACCGGGAGCGUCCGUCUGCUCCGUGACCGCAAAGGACCCAGACUCGGGUCAGAAUGCGUACUUAUCGUAUUCUAUUCUGGAAGGAGACAUACAAGGGAUGCCGGUGUCAACGUAUGUGUCCAUAAACUCGGACAGCGGGAACAUUUACGCGCUGCGCUCCUUUGAUCACGAGCAGCUGAAACACUUCCAGGUUACAGUGCAGGCUCAGGACGCGGGGUUCCCCCCUCUGAGCAGCAACGUCUCGGUCAGCAUCUUUAUCUUGGACCAAAACGACAACGCGCCCGUGAUCGUGUCCCCCGUUACGCAGAACGGCACCGCGCCGAACGAAAACGUGCCCAGAUCGGUGGACGCGGGCUACUUGGUGGCUAAGAUCAACGCGGCAGACUCAGACGCCGGUCAGAACUCGCGCCUUUUUUAUCAAAUGCUCCAGGCCACGGAUCCCAGCUUGUUCAGCGUGGCUCUGUACACAGGGGAGAUCAGGACGAUGCGCCAGAUAGAGGAGAAAGAGCCCACCAGGCACAGGCUGGUCAUUCUGGUGAAGGACAAUGGUCAGCCGCCCCUCUCGGCCACGGUUUCCAUCAUUUUGUCAGUAGUUGACAGCCUGUCAGAUUUACAGCCUGAUUUGGGUGACCGGUCACAGAGCCCGCAUCACAGCUCCAGCUUCACUCUGUACUUAAUCAUGGCUCUGGGUGCAGUCUCCUUCACAUUCCUGCUGGCCAUCAUCGUCCUCGUCGCAGCGAGGAGACUGAAGGGCAGAGUGGACAGCAAGACGUCCGGCCUCCCCUCCAUCGGCGGCUGCUGCGGCUGUUGUUCCCAUUCACAGCUGGCCUCCUCCAACACCAACACCACCACCACCACCACAGAGGUUUUCAAAAAGUCCAACCUGAACGUUCGCAUGUCCGCUGCAGGUGCGUCAGGUUGCGCGGAGGCGAGCGGCGGCGGCGGCGGCGCGCACCCGCAGGUGUACUGCUACAAAAUGUGCCUGACCCCGGAGUCAUCCAAAAGUGACUUUAUGUUCCUCAAACCUUGCAGUCCGGUUCUGUCAGUUCAGCAGAACAACACCAAGAGCACGGACUACCUGACCUCCGGUUGGAGCACGCUGGAGCGCAAUGAGCUGUCCAACAACAGAGCAGCGACCCCGAAUGAGCUCAAGUAUUUGCAUAAGAACUUGACUUGGACCAAGAACCAGCGUAACUCAGCUUACAAAAGAUAUAGCUCACAUAAUAUGGAGGGAACUCUUUCAAGGCAGGCAAAGUGUGACCCUGAUGGUUUCGCCUGCACUGUGGCGCCACAGUACUGGACUUGGGGAAACCAAAUGAACGACUGCAAGAGAUCUCUUCAAGAGGAAGCGCCUCCUAACUGCUCGUGGACUCCGAAGCACGCUCAACUUCAUUCCGAGGGAGCGGAUUAUCAGCACAACGUUUACAUUCCCGGAACGCCGUCCGGCUACAGCACGCUGAAGCUGACGCCCAGAGGAGACCUGGAUGUCUACAACACCUUCUCCACCUUUGGCAAGAAAAAGAAAUUCAUCUCCAACUACGAGCAAACUUUUGACGCGGACGACGGCGUCAUGAGCAAUUCUAUUUUCAAAUGAGAUGCUGGACACUUUCAAACUUUUACGUUAGCAACGUUUUUUGUAAACAAGAUAAAACUUUUCUUAGAGACUUUGCUGUUGCCCUAAAUUGCACACAAGAAUUUCAGUUUUCAGUGGAUCGAUGAUAGAUUUGUACUGAAGCUUUUAACUAACGUCUCACGUGGCAACCAGUCAUUCUUAAUGCAUAUUUACAGGAAACAAGUUGAAACAAAGUGAAAUAUUUUACUUUUAGCACAGCAGCCUUCCCCUUCAUUUCCACCCUUGAUACAAAUGUUUGAAAAACUCUGAAAUAAAUGUAUUUUUCAUUUGAGCAGCAUAAUCUUCUACUGAGAAAUAUAAGAAAUGUCCACAAGAAGAAAUGCAUUCUUACUUGAAUGCAUUUCUUGAAUGGGGAAAAGAUAAUUCUACAUUAAGAGCUCAUUGUUUAUUACAAAACCAAAGAGAGCACAGAUCCUGGUGAGAUAAAUAAAACUGAAGAAGGCUAUAUAUCCAGACUUUUUUUUUUCUUUUUUCUUAAGUUAAUCAGUGUCUAGGAGGUAUGUACUUUCUGACUCAUGACUUCCUGUUUAACAAGUAUAUGACUUAUGUGGACGUCUUUGAGGGGUUGGAGUAGGGUGGGAAUUUGGGGUGCAGUAUAGAAUAUGUUUUUGUUAAGCAGCUUGAGAAACUUAAUAAACCUUGUAUUUCCUGUAUUAAAGUAAAUAAAUUCAGUAUAGUCCUUUGUACAUAAACAUUCUACUUUAAUCUAUUGAAACACAUAUAAAUAUAUCUAUAUUUUUCAAUUCAAUUUAUUGCAGCUCUUCUGAAAAUGAUCAUUACUUUAAAAAUGAAUCCUAACAUUCAUGUGUUUUCGGUGCUUACAACUUUUUCAUCUGCUGAUUCAUUUUACUUGUUUUUUUUUCUGAUGCAAACAACGCAUCUCUGCGAGUGCUGAUAUUCACAGGUAUAUUUUGGAUAAAAAAUCUGCAGUCAUUUUCCUGUCAGUUUGAUUAAAGGCAGUCAUUACCCAAGCUGCGCUGUCACCGCUUGAAAUGACUUCCAGGCUUUCUACAGCUCACUAGAUAUGAGCUGUAAAAACCCUUUAGGUCCAGUGAAUAAUGUAUUGGGUAUCAGUAUGAAUUAUUAAUAAAUCCUUCUUUGAAAAUC